GUGUGUUGAACAAAUGAAUUUACUGUAGGCUUUGAAAGCCCAAACAGCUUAGAUGCCCAGGAUUCAAAGAACUCACACAUGGGUGACACAGACCACAGCUGGCUGUCUCUGUGAGAUCAGAGGGAAUUGGACAGGGGCCAAGAGACCAGAGCUGGAUCUCAGCUCAUUUUCAAAUACCUUGAAAAGCUGCCGGAAUGAGAAAAAGGAGUCCUCGGUGUUCAGCCAGCGGACAGAAGAGGCAUCAGCCGUGCAGUAUUUCCAGUUUUAUGGCUGCAUUUCCCAGCAGCAGAACAUGAUGCAAGAUUUUGUAAGGACAGCCACUUACCACAGAGCCAUCCUCCAGAACCACAUUGACUUUAGAGACAAGAUUGUCCUAGAUGUUGGCUGUGGGUCAGGAAUACUAUCAUUUUUUGCCGUGCAGGCUGGAGCUAGGAGAGUGUAUGCUGUUGAAGCCAGUUCUGUCGCACAGUAUGCGGAGAUGCUGGUGAAAAAUAACCACCUUUCAGACAAGAUCAUUGUUUUGCCAGGGAAAAUCGAGGACAUCUCUCUUCCCGAAGCCAUCGACGUGAUCGUGUCCGAACCGAUGGGGUACAUGCUGUUUAAUGAAAGGAUGUUGGAGAGUUACCUUCAUUCCAAAAAGUGGCUAAAAGCAAAUGGAAUGAUGUUCCCGACCUUCAGUGACAUCCACUUGGCCCCCUUUUCUGACGAACAGCUCUACAUGGAACACUACUCCAGAGCCAACUUUUGGCACCAGCAGUGUUUCUAUGGGGUCAACCUGUCCAGUCUCCGGGGGGCCGCGGUGGACGAGUAUUUCAGGCAGCCGAUAGUGGACACGUUUGACGUUAGGAUUUUGAUGGCUCGGACGGUCAAAUACACGGUAAACUUCAUGGAUGCAGAAGAAACAGAUCUGCACAGAGUAGAAAUCCCCUUUGUGUUUCAGAUGACACAGUCUGGCCUCAUCCACGGCCUGGCGUUCUGGUUUGACGUGGCCUUUGUUGGAUCUGUGGUAACUGUUUGGCUGUCCACAGCCCCAACUGAGCCUCUGACUCAUUGGUAUCAGGUGCGGUGCCUUCUCCACACUCCCCUCUUUGCCAAAGAAGGAGAGACCCUCUCAGGGAAAGUGCUGUUUGUAGCCAACAGACGACAGAGCUAUGACAUUCAUAUCGUGGCGCUGGUAAACCAGACAGGCUUCCGAUCUGGGAACAUCCUCGAUCUAAAGAAUCCUUUCUUUAGGUUUGCUUAGAAGAUAGUCCCAAGGCAGUCACUAAGUCAAAUGAAGGCCUGAGAAGCCCCUCGCCAUCCAGGUUCAGAUUUCACGUUCCAAACGUGCACUCUGCAUUUUACAAGGAUGAUUAGGUUUAUUUAAAUUCUUUUUUUUUUUUUUUUUUUUUUUUUUUGCCCCCUGACUCUAAAAUGUGCCUCCUAGUUUUAUUGACAAGUCUGUUCCUUGGUGCUUCUUAGACUGGCUCUUUACAGCUUUCUGCAUGUGAGCUGAACAAAUAUUUUUUUUGUUUGUUUUCAAUGUGUGAUUUCUCUGUAUCACUAUCUCGGUAAAGCCCACAGCAUUGCUUUCGUUUUUGACGUAUUUAAAAAUGGGAAUUUAACAAACCCCUACCUCAUGUUUAUAUGAACGCGUAUGUAUGACAUAACCUAAGAGCAUGUGAGGAGUGAUCUUCGCUUGACCAUUUUAAGCUGUUCUCGCCAAUAUCUUCAGCACAUCAGCAGCUCAUCUCCAGCGCAGCCACGCGUGAAAGAAUUUCUGCCUUAUUCAUGUAGGGGAAUAAUACGGUGUCAGGAAUGCGCUUCAUCGGCAAUAUCUGAUGACUCUGUGUGCCGUUAAGAAAAUAAAGAUGGAUGGAAUCUUUGUCAGCUCUCUUAGGUUUGCAAUAAAAACGUACAGUGCGAGAUACCA